AUGCAUUUGGCAGUAUUGUCUCUGCCAGUGUAUAAUCUGAUCUGUUUCUCUUCUUCCCAGAUUGUGUUUUUCGAGGACAAGGACUUCCAGGGAAAGUCCUACGAAUGCAAAGGGGACUCAGUCGACCUGCACAGCUACAUCCACCGAUGUAACUCAGUCAAGAUAGAGGGAGGCUGGUGGGUGAUGUUUGAGCGCAGCAACUUCACAGGCUACCAGUACAUUAUAGGUCCUGGGGAAUACAAUGACUUCCACCACUGGAUGGGCUUCAAUGACUGUGUCAGAUCCUGCAGGAUCAUCAAAAAUGCCAAAGGCCCAUGCAAGCUGAAGCUGUUUGACCGGCCAAACUUUGACGGGCAAUCUCUGGAGAUGACAGAGAACAUGAAGUCUUUCCAGGAGAAUUGGCCCAGACGUGAAGUCCAGUCCUGCAAGGUCCUAGAGGGGUCCUGGGUGUUCUUUGAACAUCCCAACUUCAGUGGUCGCCAGUACCUGCUGGAGAAGGGGGAAUACCGACACCCCUCAGUGUGGGGAGCUCUGAAAGCAACUGUGGGCUCCAUCAGAAGAAUCAUGGAGUUGUAA